AUGGACCUGAAGCCUGAUGCAGCGGGCAGCGGCAGCGCUGCGGGCGCGAAUGACGGCCACCAGCCCAGCGCGAGCGCAAGCAAGCGGCCGCGCCUCGACGCCGGCAGCGGCAGUGCCAGCGGCGGCAGCAGCGAGCAGCCGCCCCCCGAUACCCCGCAGCAGGGCCCAUCGGCACCCGCAGCAGCCGAGGCACGCCCGGCAGCACACCACGCGGCGGCGUCGCCAGCAGUUGAGGACGAGGAGGCCGUGAGCAGCGGAGGAGAGGAUGACUCAGAAGCGGAGGAGGAGGAGUGGGAUCAAGGUGAAGAUGAGGAGAGCGCCGGCUGCAGCAGCGACAGCGGCGACUGGAUGGAGGGAGCCGCCGCGCCCUGCCGCCGCGGCGGCCGAGGCGGCGGCAGCGGCGGCGGCGGUGGAGGCGGCAGCGGCGACAGCGAAGGACGCAGGCCAGGCGGCCGUGGUGGCGAGGGUGGUGGUGGCGACGGCGGCGGCGCUGGCAGCGGCGGCGGCGGCGGCGGCGGCGGUGCUGGCAGCUCGGCUGGCUGCAGCUUCUUCCCUACG